UUAAGGCAGCAGUGCACUGGAACUUUCACUUUCGCUUUAAUCGGCUUUAUUCGGCGCAGCGACAUGUUGGAGUGAGAGGUGUUCGGGAUGUUCAGGACGGAGUAAAGCCGCGGAGGCACGCAGGGAGAACACGGACAGAUCUACACCAUCUUCUGAGAGGAACACACGGGGGGUUUGGGGGAUAACAGACAUCCGACAGCCACUUGUGUGCACACGGCCAUGAUGGAGAAGAACAAGAAUGGUGCAUCAGAAUGAACCUCCUGACUCUUCUGCCUCGCCGCAAGACGCCGUGUCAGUCAGCGUGUCCACCGAUGUCCCAGCUCCUCAGACUCAUCCCGCUCCUCAGACUCACUUCCGGCCUUUCCGGGACGUGGACGAGCGCUCCCUCGUGGCCAGCGCAACACGUUUCCUGGGUCACAGUGGAUUCUACUGGGGUCCUCUGGAUGUAGACGAAGCUCACGCUCGCCUGGCGUCUCUUCCCGUUGGCACCUUCCUAAUCCGGGACAGUAUGCAAACGGACGUCUUCUUCACCCUGAGCUAUCGCUCUGUGGACGGACCCACCAGCGUCCGCAUCCUCCUUAAAGGCUGCGGCUUCGUCCUGGACGGCAGCAAGCACGUUUUCCCUUGCCUCUUCGAACUCUUGCGAUUUUACAUGACAUUUCCCAAGAAGAGUCUGAAGCGGCCGUACCGGGGUUCCGUGCCUCAGAAGCUUCAGGAGCUCUGCAGGAGAGCGGUGGUGAAAACCUACGGCAAGGAAAAUCUUGAAAAACUCCCUGUGAGCGCUGUACUGAAAGAUUUCCUUCAGUUAUAUCCUUUCAGCAUUUGAAAAGAACGCGCAAUUUUUAAUGGACCGUUUCUUGUUCAUCAGCGAUCGCGGUCCUUUGAGUACCAUUACCUUUAAAAAUGCACUACGUCAGGUUUCCUGAUAUUUAUUCACCUGCCUGCUGUGCAGACAACAUGGUUGUUAUUCGGUUAUUGUUGGGUUUUUUUUUUUUACAUAUCUGUUAAACAACAUAGGAAAUGUGUGUGUGUGUGUGUGUGUGUGUGUGUGUGUGUAUAAAACAUAUAAUUAUUUCUCUAAUACUGUAAUGCUGUAGACUAAAUUAAUUAAGUACUGUAACGAUCAUUUCAUAAUUCAUCUUCAACCUCAACUCCUCUUGAAUGUCAAAAUAAAUGACUGCAAAUGA